ACUUUUGUUUUUGUCAACGAUCUAUGUUCAAUGAUGAUGAGGUACGAUCGUCUCUCUCCAAGAUGUAUGAAUGUUCUCCAGUAGAUGGCUUUGUAGAGAUCUCAGAAGGGUUGGGAAAGAUGAUAAAAUCCUUGGCAAAUGAACCCUCAGUGGGUCUUUUCUACGUUCAACAACACACUCACAAGGCAGUCCCAAACCUUGUCAGUCUCAGAAACAAUGUUGUAGCUAAAUCUCGUGACAUCAGUUUACACACAGAAGAUACAGAGGAUUCAAUUACAAUGGUGAGAUCCAUGAAAGAAUGUGGCUUUCCAAUUGUCGACGAUAUGUUGAAAGACAUCACAAAAUCUUUGGCUAUCAUGUCAUCAAAACAACCAAAAAAGGGUUUGAUUAGCAGCAGAUCGGUGUCAGGAUCUUGGGGUCCUGCUUGGGGGAGUACUUAUGAUGUUGAAAGGUCGAGUAAUUAUUUAUCGUCCGUUUUGAAGUCAGCAAAAGAAAAGGCGACUACUCUUAAGUGGACUCAAGUUGAUACCUCUGAUUCCGUGGAAGAUGGCAAGCAUACAGAUUAUCUAGAAAGUGCAGGGGGAGACCUGUCUGUAUCGAGUCACAGUUCAGUUGGGCAACAUGAAAAAGAUGUGUCAGUUGAUGAUUUGUUAUCAAAUCUGUCACGUUCUGAAAAUUUUGAUGAAUUUAAAGCUGAUAAAGAGGCAAGAUUUGAAGAAUGGUUGAGAAGCAACGAUACUCAUGAUGAUCAACAUAGAGAAGGGACGACUGAAUAAUUAGUGCUUUUGACUGAUUUUGGAAAAGCCUCUAAUGUGUAAGUAAAAUUGUUGUAAUAAUUCGAAGAGGUCAAGAAAAGUUUAAGCCAGAAAAACCAGAUUAGUUGUGAUUGAGGUUAUCGUUACCUUGAGUGCUACUUGUAUGAUGGUGUUUGUGAUAAUCCCACCAGAAUCUUUACACAACUCCGAUGUGGUGUUGUAUGUACUUAGGAAUGUGUUUCCCGUUAGGGGGUUUCCAUGUCAUAUGAUAUGAUGGAAUUGAGGAUUGAAAUGAGUUAAAUAAAUCAAAAUUUUGAGGUGAGCCCCUUUGGCAAAA